CUGUUCGUCCUCCGCUACCGCCAGUAAUUUCAGGGGAUGGUAGAUUCCUAAUUUUUGAAUCUCCACCCACAAAGCCCUAAAAUUUCAAGCUACACAACGGUCUAUCUCAAAAACCCAGAAAAACCCAUCUUUCCAUUCCUUUAUUCUGUCCAAAAUGGGUGAGAACAAGAGAAAACGAGGUCGAAAGCCCAAAUCUGCAGCUGACGAUACCACUACUACCUUGGAUUUUCAGUACACCAAUCAAACCACAUCUACCACCUCCUCUGCCGCCGUUAACGACGUUGUUUCAGUUCCUACGUCCGAAGCCUCCGAUCUCGGAGGUGCCCAACCAUCGCGCCGCGCCCGUGGCCGACCCAGAAAGGUAGAAGAACAGGCUGAGAAGGAGAAACAGAGGUCGAACAUGGCGGUGGCCUCUCCAGAGCGCAGAAGCUCGAGACACGUGGAGCAGAACGGCGAGGGAGCACAUUCAAUGGCCGUUGUGGCGGAGCCGCCGCUGACGGUACCGAAGUGGGAAAACUUUGUGAGGGUGGUUCCGUCGAUGGACGCGGUGGUGAAGGUGUUCUGCGUGCACACGGAGCCGAAUUUCUCAUUGCCAUGGCAGAGGAAGAGACAGUACAGCUCGAGUAGCAGUGGGUUCAUCAUUGGGGGAAGAAGGGUCUUGACCAAUGCUCAUUCUGUGGAGCAUCACACUCAGGUUAAGCUCAAGAAACGUGGGUCUGAUACCAAGUACUUGGCUACUGUGCUAGCUAUUGGGACCGAAUGUGAUAUUGCAAUGCUGUCUGUGAGUGAUGAUGAGUUCUGGGAAGGCGUUUCACCAUUGGAGUUUGGAGAUCUCCCUGCGCUUCAAGAUGCUGUGACAGUUGUGGGGUAUCCUAUUGGAGGUGAUACAAUCUCUGUGACAAGUGGAGUUGUGUCACGUAUGGAGAUAUUAUCUUAUGUUCAUGGCUCAACUGAGCUUUUGGGGCUGCAGAUAGAUGCUGCUAUCAACUCUGGAAACUCUGGGGGGCCUGCAUUCAAUGACAAGGGUAAUUGUGUCGGUAUUGCAUUUCAGUCACUAAAACAUGAAGAUGUGGAGAAUAUUGGCUAUGUCAUUCCAACAACUGUUAUUAUGCACUUCAUUAAAGAUUAUGAGAGGAAUGGUGCAUAUACAGGGUUUCCUAUUCUUGGAAUUGAGUGGCAGAAGAUGGAAAAUCCUGAUCUUCGCUCGUUGAUUGGCAUGGGACCUGAUCAGAAGGGUGUCCGAAUCAGAAGAAUCGAACCUACAGCACCAGAAUCUCAUGUUCUGAAGCCUUCUGAUGUUAUCCUUAGUUUCGAUGGGGUUAAUAUCGCUAAUGAUGGAACAGUUCCAUUCAGACAUGGUGAGCGCAUAGGUUUCAGUUACUUGGUCUCUCAAAAAUACACCGGAGAUAGUGCUUUGGUGAAAGUUCUUCGUAAGUCAAAGAUACUAGAAUUCAAUAUAAGGCUUGCAACUCACAAGCGACUCAUCCCUGCUCACAUUAAGGGCAGACCUCCUCCUUACUACAUUAUUGCUGGAUUUGUCUUCAGUGCUGUGUCAGUUCCAUAUCUGCGUUCUGAGUAUGGGAAAGAAUAUGAAUUUGAUGCACCAGUGAAACUAUUGGACAAGCAUUUACAUGCUAUGGCGCAGUCUAUCGAUGAGCAAGUUGUUGUCGUUUCUCAGGUUCUUGUAGCAGACAUUAAUAUUGGAUACGAAGACAUUGUUAAUACACAGAUCCUCAAGUUCAAUGGUAAGCCUGUGCGAAAUCUUAAGACAUUGGCCAACAUGGUGGAGAGCUGUAAAGAUGAAUACCUGAAGUUUGAGUUAGAAUAUGACCAGAUAGUUGUUCUGCAAACGAAAACAGCGAGGGAAGCAACUUUAGACAUUCUUGCAACACAUUGCAUACCGUCGGCUAUGUCUGACAAUCUCAAGACAUGAGAGAAGGCUGAACUCUUUCACCCUCUAUUUUGGUCUUUUGCAUAUGCUGCUACCCCACCAUUCUCUGUUGCUUGCCAAAAUUACUUUUUGCUCCGAGAGAGAUAGAGAGUUAAGAGGCUGUCUUUGUGUGUUUUUGCACGUAGCUCAGAUACAAAUUUAGCCAAGAUGAUGGGGAUUUUUUGCAUUGCGUUUUGUAACAAUUGUAGGCAUUUUUACCUAUGUUGAGAGAGAGAGAGAAGUAAGAGGGAUACAUAACAUUUGGUUUCACACAAAAUAUAUUUUAUUAUUUCAUUUAAUGAGCUUUUAGUGUUGAGAUUCAAACAGAAAUAAAAUGUAUGUAACAUUAUCGUGGCAAUGUUUACUAGUGAAUGAAAUUACAAUGUUUGAUGUCUA